AUGUCGUCGGCCUCCUCUCACUCCAACCCCUUCGCCGGCCCCGAUCCCGCCACCAUCCGCCUCAUCAACAUCCGCGACCGAGUCCCCGUCACCCUCGACGCCACCAACUCCUCCUACCACCCAUGGAAAACCUACUUCACCCUUCUCUUCCACGAGGAGAACCUGCUGGAUCAUGUUGAUGGCUCCAUCAACUCACGCAUCAUGGCUGCCGAUCCCGAGUGGACCUCGAUCGACGCUACGCUCAUCAGGUGGUUCUUCACCACGAUCUCGCGCGAUCUGUUCCUCACCGUCAUCCGGGACGGCGACGACGCUACCACCGUGUGGACCAAGCUCAAUGGCUUCUUCACCGACAACAAGCUUCAGCGCCGCGUCUUCUUGCAUCAAGAAUUCACGGACUGCCAUCAGGACGAUCAGACCAUCGACGAAUACACUCGUCGCCUUAAGCAGUUGGCGGAUGAACUGCGCGACAUCGGCGCCCCGAUCGAUGAUGACUUUCUCCUCAGCACCCUCACCGCCAACCUCCAUGAGGAUUUCGGUAAUGCGGCCAGCAACCUCACCUUGAUGCCCGACCCCUCCUUCCCAAAGUUUGUGUCCUACCUCAAGCUUGAAGAACGUCGGAUGAAGGGCGUGAAGAAGCGCGCGCAGCAUUGA